UACGAACCGGAACCUUUACGGAACCCGUCUGAUCCCAGCCUGGCGUGUGUGUGUGUGUGUCACGUGACCGUGGCUCCUCCCCCCGGGCCCUGGAGCGUGUCGGAGCCCCGCGGCGCGGCGCGGCUUCACUCAGCGGCUUCCCUCAGCGAGGCGGCGGAAACUCCGCGCACUCAUGGCUCCCUCAGCCCGAGCGGGUUAAACUCAACACUGGGGUUUUUAAAAACACGUUUGGAUUGAUUUUAUUUAUUUUUUAGCCCAGUUCUCCCUGAUGACACAUUUAAUGGAGUUGUGAGUCGCAGUGAAGAAAAGACAAAGGAGGAGAAAAAGGGGCUUUUUCAGAAGCUACGAUGGUUUGGGCCUAAAACAAGACAAGAGCAACAUGAACCGUGAGGACCGGAAUGUGCUACGUAUGAAAGAAAGAGAAAGGAGAAAUCAAGAAAUCCAGCAGGGAGGAGAGGCCUUUCCAGCCAGCUCCCCCCUCUUUCCCGAACCAUAUAAAGUGUCCAAGGAAGACAAACUCUCGAGUCGCAUCCAGAGCAUGCUAGGAAACUACGACGAAAUGAAGGAAACCAUCGGUGAGCCUCCCAUGUCUAAACUCCUGGCCAAAGGAUCGAGCUCUGCCUCCUCAGAGGAGAAGACUCUGUAUGCUGAGCAGCGAGGCGGAGUCAGCCAGAGUCAGAGCAACAAAUGGACUCCUAUCGGUUCGACCUCUGGAACCUCUUCCUCAUCUUUAUCCAAGUCUCAGAACCGUUCCGGUUCGUCCAAUCAGAGCAGCCACGGCACUAGCCAGCGCAGCAGUGCUAACAGCCAGCGGCACGACCGCGAAUUUAGUAGCAAGAAAUCCAGCAAACAUGAGCACAAGGGCUCUACAAACUCGAGUGGACACUCGCGCUCGCUAACAGCCGAGCAGCAUGGCAAGGAGCGCUACCACUCCAAAUCGCCCAGAGACCGCGAGGCCAACUGGGACUCGCCGUCCAGAGUGCACUCCUCCUCUUCCUCCUCUUCUGCAUCAUCCACCUUUCCCAGUGGGCAGCACUCAGGCCAGGCUUUUCCUCCCUCACUCAUGUCCAAAUCAGGCUCCAUGCUGCAGAAGCCCACUGCUUACGUCAGGCCCAUGGAUGGCCAGGAGACGGCCGAGCCCAAGACCUCCUCCUCGUCCUCCUCUUCCUCUUCAGAGUCGUAUGGAGGUCAGUCACAUGGCAGCGGCGUGGGAGAGAUGAAGGCCAAUGGUAAAGCGUCGCUCACCAAGCUCAAGAUCCCGGCACCGGUAGAGGGAGCCCUGACGGGUGACGUGAGCUGCGUGGAUGAGAUUUUAAAGGAAAUGACCCAGUCAUGGCCUCCUCCACUCACAGCCAUCCACACCCCCUGCAAGACUGAGCCUUCAAAGUUUCCUUUCCCGACGAAGGAUGCUCAGCACACAGGCUUUGGGGGAUUCAAAAAAAGUAUCUCAGGAAAAGGCUCAUCUGCUGCGCAGCAGGCCAAAGCAUGUGAUGGAGAUCAGUCCAACACGCUUCAUGACGAUCUCAAACUCAGUAGCAGUGAAGACAGUGAUGCAGAACAGGAGUCCGCAAAACGAAACACCUCAGCAAGUAAUAAUAACAGUGAGGUUGCUGAGAGAGAGGACUCCAGUAGCCACAGUGGUUCAGAAAGCAGCUCAGGAUCUGAAAGUGAAAGUGAGAGCAGCUCUACAGACAGCGAGGCCAACGAGCCGCCCCGCGCUGCCUCGCCUGAGCGAGAACAGCCUCUAGCCAAUAAGUGGCAGCUGGACAACUGGCUUUCCAAGAUGGAGGACCGAGAGAGCAGCGCUACUCGGGGUUACAGUGGCAGCCAGGGACCCAAAGAUUCUGCUCCUGCACCGGGCCGGGACCAGCGGGCCACACAGAAGGGCUCGGAGAGCGGCCGGGGGAGGCAGAAGUCUCCGGCGCAGAGCAGUGAGGGUGGUGCCAGUGCCAGCCAGAGGCGCUCGGUGGGCAAAAAGCAACCCAAAAAGUCAGAGAAGCCUGCUGUAGCAGAGGAGCCGAAAGGCAGCCUGAAGGUGGAGAGUGAGCCUCGAGCCGAGACGCCUCAGCACCGCGCCAGAGCUCCCAACAAGGGUCCACGCAAACCAGCUGCCAAGAAAGAGCCCAAGAAAGAAGUGCGGGCACCUCCGGAAAAACACAAAUCCAAGCCUCAGGGCAAGCAGAAGUCACGUGAGUUUGUGGAAACGGAACCAUCGUCAUCCUCCGACUCGGACGAAGAAGAAGAGGAGAGUGCGCCAUCUUCCUCACACACUCCAAAGUAUGCCCCUCAUGUUUUCUCCCCCAUGGAAGACAAAGACCUCCUCUCACCGCUUAGCGAGUCUGAUGAGAAACUAACAGCGCCCAGGCAGCUGCUCGUCUCCAUUGACCUCAGCCUGUUGAGCCGAGUGCCAGGCCGCGUUUAUAAAGACACGGAGGUGAAGGUGGAGCAAGACUCGGCUAGCGACGCCAAGGACUUCCAGAAACAGCCAGGGGAAAGUAAAACCAAUAAAGGCAAGAGGAAACAUAAGAAUGAUGACAGCCUUAAACCAGAGAAUAAGAAGUCCAGGAUAGAAGAGAAGUCCUCGCACCAUAAACCCAAUAAGGAGUCAUCGAAGCGUGUUGUGGAUAAGGAUAAAGAGCCUGUCCCAUCCCCUUCCCUGACCCUUCAGCGCACACCCAAGUCAGAGCACCAGGGUCGCAAACGUACAGUCAGUCAGUCGUCCAGCUCGCUGCCCAUCAGCUCCAACAGCAAGGACGCCCCCAAGAGCAGCUCCAGCUCCAAACACCGCAAGGGAGACAACAAGCAGAGUCGCAGCAGCAGAGACAACAAGGAUAAAAGCUGUAAAUCGGAGAAUCAGCUGGCUGUACCUCCCCUCUCCUCAGACAAUUCCAAGAGGACCAAGCUGCACUUUGAGGAGCGGGUUCAUUCAGCUGAUCAUUACCUCCAGGAAGCGAAGAAGCUGAAGCACAAUGCAGAUGCGCUGAUGGACAGAUUUGAAAAAGCAGUGUAUUACCUGGAUGCUGUGGUCUCAUUCAUCGAGUGUGGAAAUGCGUUGGAGAAAAGUGCACAGGAAGCCAAGUCCCCUUUCCCCAUGUAUGCUGAAACUGUGGAACUCAUUAAGUACACUAUGAAGUUAAAGAGCUAUAUGGCACCAGACGCCACCUCAGCAGACAAACGGCUGGCAGUGUUGUGUUUGAGAUGUCAGUCUCUCCUCUACCUGAGGCUCUUUAAACUGAGGAAGGAAAGUGCACUGAAGUAUUCGAAGACACUCACUGAACAUUUGAAGAAUUCAUUGAGUAAUACUCAGGCACCAUCUCCUGGGAUGGGAAAUAAAGCGGUCGGUAUGCCCUCCCCAGUGUCGCCCAAAGUGUCUCCAGGCAGCGCGGGCAGUUACUCCUCCAGCAGCUCCUCAAGUCAGAGCGGCAGCUCCUCCGUCACCAUCCCUCAGCGCAUCCACCAGAUGGCCGCCAGCUACGUGCAAGUCACCUCCAACUUCCUGUACGCCACCGAGGUGUGGGAGCAGGCCGAGCAGCUCGCCCGGGAGCAGAGAGAGUUCUUCACAGAGUUGGAUAAAGCGAUGGGGCCACUGAUCUUCAACACCAGCAGCAUGACUGAACUGGUCCACUACACACGACAAGGUCUCCACUGGCUACGGCUCGACGCCAAGCUCGUCUCAUAACACUUUCCACUUCUUCUUCUCCUUCUUCCUUCUUUUCUCUCCUCCCAUUCUUGCCUUACUCACGUUUAUUUAAUCUGCCUCAGACAUAUCUGUGACACUGUGUCCAUUAUCAACACCAGCUUGCCAAAAACCAACAAACUGAGCAAAGCAACACUGAGCGCUAUUUAGCCCCGCCCCCUCUCCGCUACUCGUUCAUGGUGAGGUGACUGACUGCGUCUCAUCAGCGGAGCGUCGUCAGGCUGCAGCGUCUCCUCGCGCUGGAAAACAAAACAAGCCAUGUCUUCUUUUUUUUUUUGUUCCCUUUUUAAAAAAUUGACAGCUGUAAACACUUUUUAUGCUCUCUCUCUCUCUCUCUCUCUCUCUCUCUCUCUUUUCCUUUUUUUUUUAAACCAGCUUACCUCCCUUUAACCAAAGGUGCUUUUAAAUACUAAGGGUUUGUCCUCCUCUCUUUUUGUGCCUUGUAUAUGAUAGACAGGAAACCUGUUUGUGCACACGGGCCGGUUGUGGAGCCGGGUUGAAUUGUUAGACAGGAAGUGUGUGACAUGGGGCAAGGCUGUGGAAUGCUAAUGACUUAAUCCGUAAAGCGAGCGUUCCAUUCAGAGCCCAGGAAGCGGUGUGGCUGAGCUGCAUCACAGAGAGAAACAUCAUAACAUGCACAAAACGUCCUCCGUCUCCCCGGACGCUCGAGCGUGACGCCGCCGAACACGUCAGCGAUGACCAAAAGGACCUGAAGCAUCAUGACUUUAAUCCCCAGAGUCCCCUCUCAGUCCACUCCCACUUUCUUCCUCUUUCACUUCUACACGGACGGUUAUGUUUUUGCGGGUCAUAACAUGAAGACAUGAUUGUUAUUCGCUUUUAGAUUUCUAGAAGAAUGUGUUUAUCCACAGCGUUCCUCUUCCGAAGCACAUGAAUAUUUUAUUACUGCCGCUUCAGUACUCGACCGACUCUAUAUGAAUAGAUUUUAUUUAGAUACAAAAAGUUGUCUUUGUCUCAGAACGACAUGUUCGCUCACAGAAUAAUGCUCUUCUUCUUCACCUUGAAUACAGGGUUGUAUUAUGGGAUGUAUAUGAAAUUGCCAUAUUUAAGUAUUUAAUAUCAGUCUUGGGAUUUCCUUUAUAGCACCGUAGUCGAUUGUCUAUUAGAGUAAAUCAUUUAACGAGGAGGGCCAUAACGAAUAUAUUUAUUACACAUGUACUUUAUAUUUAUAGUUUCUCCAGACAGUACAGUACACAGUAUAUUACAGAUUGUCAUUCUGGCCAGAAAAUAUAAGCAGUUUUACUCAUUAAAAAAAAAAAGUAGAAGUGUAUUUUUCCAUGAGGUUUUUGUCCGUGCUGCAGUUCAUCUAAGCUAAAAGUAUAAAAACUAAAAUGGUACCAGAGAGGAUGAUUAAUAUCUCGUCGCUCUGCAGCGUAUUAAAUGCUGGAAAUCUCAUCUUUUGCACUAGAUUUUUUUUUUUUAAUAAUUCCGUCGGCUCCCUGUUUUCUCUGUAGGGACAAACUGUUAUUUCUUCUUGCGCUCGUUCAGAGAUGAGGAAGAAGUCUGUCUAUGCAGAUUUUUUUUUAAUUUAAAUUUUUUUUUUUUUUUUUUACUGUUCUCUCAGUUAACUUGGGCAGAAAUUCAGCAAGUACAUUAUCUGUGUUUUCAGAAAGUAUUAAAUAUUGACAUUAAAGCGUGACUUUAGCUACUUCCUUCUAUAUAUACAGUAAAAUAUAAUGUAUGGUUCUGAUAAGGGACAACGCACCCAAAGACGUUCUGCGUUUUGCCUCCAUUCACUUUUGUGUGAAUUUCUCAGUUCCAGCUUCACGUGUUUUAAAUUUAAAUUGCCAAAACGGUUAGAUGGUGGGAUUAUUAUUAUUAUUAUUAUUAUUAUUAUAGAUUCAGUAACCAACAGUGUGUGCUUUUUUUUUUCUGGCUUGGAAAGGAAUGUAGCAUAUAUAAUAUUUUUAAGUUUCAGAACAUUAGUGAGGAGGUGAAUACAGACGGUGACCAAGAGCUUUGGGUGGAAUUUUUAAAACUCUAUUUUUGAAUGAAAUUCCAGAGCCUAUUGAACAGGGUUUACUUAUUUGCAUAUUUAAUUUAUUCACUACAUUCAUUAUAAGUUCCAAGGUGAUAUAACUAUAGCUGAUUCACUUCUGUGGCUAAUAAUUUAUUUUUUUUGUAACGUUUCCUUUUUUCUGUUUUUUUUUUUUUUUUUAAGAAUUUGCUUUAAAAUCAAAUCAUCCAUCACUUGUUGUAACUACUAAACCAGGGUAAAACUUUUUUGACAUCUACACAAUGAAAACACUUGCAUGUUUGUAUUUAAAUGCUAAACUGUACAAAUGUACAUAUAACGUCUCUUUUAGGGUAAAUUUUUAUGGCAGUUUAUCGUUUGUAUUAAGUUGUAAAUAGAUGUUAAUAUUCGACUCGUCAUUACUGAACUUCUUCCUCUUUUAUCAACACUGUACACCAUGAUUUCCUCCCCAAUCACAUCAAUACUGUUUUUUUAUCGAAAUCUUUAUCCGUAGUGCUGUUUUAUCAUUGAAACUCUUUGAGCUGGGGUGUGUGUGUGUGUGUGUGUGUGUGUGUGUGUGUGUGUAAUGCUGAUCGUGGUCAGUGAGUUGGUAUUUAGAGUUUUUAAUCUUGUUGAAAUGAGAUAUUAAAAGUGAAACCUGUAGGACGGCUGUAGCUCGUGUGGUCUUUUCCAGAUGUUUCUGAGGCGUUUGUGUACAUUCAGCUGUUCUGUGUUCAUGUCAUACUCAGUUUAGGAUUUACAAAAUGCAGAUUAUUUCUGAAAAAGUUCUGCAGUUCAUUAUAAUCCAAAUCAGUUGAAAGUAUUGAAGAGAUUGAUCAGAGAAAUUUACAUAUUCUAUAAAGGAUGCAAUAUGAUUUACGAUGUAAAGGUACUCUCACGGGCCUCGAUUAUCCUUAACUUGUAAUUUUAAAAAAACAAAAUUUUUUGUGAAGUGAGUAUUACUGGAUACUAAUGGGUUUUCUGAGUCUUUGUAUUUUGCUGUAUUGAGAAUAAAAUAUAUGAUUAUUGAA